AUCUCAUUGCAGCUGGUAGACCUACAGGUGAACUGCUGCUAGCUGCAAACAUCAUUCAGAGUCUCACGCUCCAUUUUCUCUCUUUUACACCACCGAACUGUUAUAUGGAGUCCUUAAGAAAAGUGGACGAGCCGUUUCCUACACCUCCACCGUAUUUCUUAACAGACUCUGGGCAAGAUGUGAGGACCUACCGUAUUCACUCACCUUUCAGCCCUGCACCACCUCCUCCUUCCUUCUCAUUUUCUCCUGGACUUGGCUGCUCCACCCAAACUUACUCACCUCCAGUGUCUGCUCUCCCUCCGCUUACUCCCAGGCCGAAGUUUGUGAGCUAUGAAACGGAGCUGUAUCGCUCUCCAGCUCUGACAACAUGCCCUGCUUGUCAGACUCAGGUCACCACGCAGGUCACCUACCAAGUCGGGACUCACGCGUGGCUCAUGUGUUUUGUGUUUGUGUUAUGCGGGUUGCUGCUUGGAUGCUGCCUGAUUCCAUUAUUUGUGAACUAUUUCAAGGAUGCCUAUCACACUUGUCCUCGCUGUCGACAGGUCCUCUACAUACACAAGAAGACAUGCUGUGAAUGAACACACGCAAGCUUACAGCAGUAACACUGUCACACAAGUUCAAACUGAUUAUUGCAGUAAAAUGUAUCUAUACCUUCUUAAAGUUGGUCAGGAUAACUUAAAAUAUAUAGAUGUAUAUGUUUAAAUUUAUAAUGAUAUAUAUAAGAGAAGAUGUGUUAGGUUCUGUUAUGUUGAAUUUAGAGUUUUAACUACAUUUUAAUCAGAUUUUGUAACAAAUGGUAUCCAAAUAAAUGUUUUUUGUGUCAA